CGGUCGCGAAAUCGGUUAAAUUGCGACUGUCCAAAGCCACGAGCGUAGAAGAAAGCUCACCAAAACAAACCACAAUCCAAAACCAUGGCGUUCAUGAUCACCCUCUCUCCUUCUCCUUCUUCUUUAUCUUCUUCAACUGCUCUACUUUCGCCUUCUCUCACCUCUCUCGCUCGUACUCUACCACUUCGUUUCCGAACCUCCACAUCAAGGACUUCAAUCAAGCAAUGGAGACCUCUCUCGGUUUCGGCUUCGGCUUCGGUUUCCUCCGCCCUUGAAGCCCUUAUCUUCGACUGCGAUGGCGUCAUUCUCGAGUCCGAGCACUUGCACCGCCAGGCCUACAACGACGCCUUCGCGCAUUUCAACGUCCGCUGCUCCGGCUCUCCGGAGCCUCUUAAUUGGGGCUUGGAAUUCUACGACGAGCUUCAGAACACAAUUGGCGGGGGGAAAACUAAAAUUCGAUGGUAUUUUAAGGAGCACGGAUGGCCGUCGUCGACGAUCUUUGAGACGCCUCCGGAGGAUGAUGAAAACCGAGCUAAGUUGAUCGAUAUUUUGCAGGAUUGGAAAACGGAAAGAUACAAGGAAAUAAUCAAAUCUGGAACGGUGGAACCAAGGCCUGGAGUUUUGAGACUAAUGGAUGAGGCCAAGGCUGCAGGGAAAAAACUUGCUGUUUGCUCUGCAGCAACUAAAAGUUCAGUUAUACUAUGUCUUGAAAACCUAAUUGGACUUGAGCGCUUUCGAGGUCUGGAUUGCUUCUUAGCUGGUGAUGAUGUGAAGUUGAAAAAGCCUGAUCCUUCUAUUUAUUUGACAGCUGCUGAGAUGUUAGGUCUAUCAGGAAAAGGUUGUAUAGUUGUAGAAGACAGUGUCAUUGGGCUACAGGCAGCAACAAGUGCUGGGAUGUCCUGUGUGAUUACCUACACAUCUUCAACAGCAGACCAGGAUUUUAAAGAAGCAAUAGCAAUAUAUCCCGACUUGAGUAAUGUGAGAUUGAAAGACUUGGAACAAUUACUUCAAGAAACUGUCACCACAAAAUAGGAAUUCAUAAGGUUUCUUGGAAUUGAAAGAAUCUAUGUUCCUUUGAAAUUUUGCUGCAAGUGAGAGCAAUUAAAGGCAUCAUACCAUAAAAUUGCCAUGCAUCUGCAUUUCUCCUCUGUUUAGUUGGUCUCUGGAAAUAAUUCUUUAUGCAUUUAUUGAAAGUAUGAACAGAUGUUACACAAGAACAUAAAGAACAUUUGAUUCCAUGGUGUAAUGAAGCCCAAUCUCUGUUUCUGAAGCUUCGUGGGUGUAAAUUCUGUUACACACCUCACUGGACUGAAGACAUAGAUGUGCAUAUUUUUCUAUGGUAGAAGCUCAACGAGGCAAACUUUUGCUUGAAAACUAUGUGGGUUGCCUUGGUACUAAUGUAAAAUGGUAAUAUUGACAAAUACCCUUUGAAAGUGCAUGGAUCAUGAUUUUUACUCUUGAUUCACAUCUUUUUAGUUAACUAAUUACACUAACAAAAGGGUAUUUAUCAAGAAUAAAGGGUAAAAGUCCAGAUUCAUGCACUCUUAAGGAUAAAUUCUGUAAUUUUCUCAAUGUUGUUUGUAGAACUACUAGGCCUUACCGCAAAAUACUAGU